AUGCCAAUGUCAAUCAACACCAACACAUUUUGUGAAGCUUCAAAAGAUAACAUUUGUGAUUUGAGCAUCAUGAAUCUUCGAUAUGUUGUGCUUCUUAUUUCUGUUCUCUUGGCCUCUACGACUGUGAGAAAUCAAGCUACCUUGGGUGUUUGGAAUCCUAUCAAAAAUAUUAACGAUCCAUAUGUGACCGAAAUUGCUAACUACGCUGUUGACGAGCAUGACAAACGAACUGGUGUGAACUUAAAGUUGGAGAAAGUCAUCAGCGGUGAGACAAAGAUUGUCGAUGGGAUAAUCUAUUGCCUCAACAUUACAGCUACCGACAAUUCUGCUUCUAGCAAAUAUAAUAUUGUUUUGUUGGAUAAGUUAUCACAACACUUUAGGAACCUGACUUCCUUUGUGCCUAUUAGUGAUUAA